AUGGCUAAUCGGUUGCUUCUCUUUUUUGGGCUCUAAUGUAUCUUUCUGGUCAUUACACCUUUAGAUGUGAAACUUUGACAUUUGAUUAGGGUUAGACUCUCAAAUGUUGGACUACUGUUAAAUUACAGGGAUGAUUUAUUCAACCUCUUACAAAAUCCAGCCCAUUAAAUCACAACAGUCUUGUUUUUAAUGAAUAAAAUGAGUUGUAAUCCAUGACUAUCUUCCUGAAAUUUUAAAUGAGUCUAAAUUAGUUCAUUAGCAAAUUGUUUCAAUUAAUCUAAUCAGUUAGGGUAGGUUUAUUUGGUCUGGCAGCUUCUGCUUGACAAAAAAAUUAUAAACUGGGGUCAGCAUGAAUUACUGGGAAAUGACAUUGGAUCCUGUCAAAGUUCCUGCUAGUUUGUUUACAUUUUGAGACCAGUCAGCUGAUGAAUUUGGCAGGCCCUAAAUCUGUAAAGGUCUUUGUGUUUGAUGUUGGAAGAAAAACGUGGAAGUUCUAUGAUUGGUCACAGAUUACAACUGUGGCAGCUUUUGGAAAGUAUGACCCUGAGCUAUUGUGUUAUGCUCAUUCUAAAGGAGCCAGGGUAGUACUAAAAGGAGAUGUACCUGUGAAGGAAAUUAUUGACUCUGCUAACAGAACAGCCUGGAUAGCACGACAGGUGGACCUGGCCAAAAAGCAGUAUAUGGAUGGAAUUAAUAUAGACAUAGAGCAAGAAGUUAUUGCGAUGUCACCUGAAUACUAUGCAUUAACAGCUCUGGUUAAAGAAACUACUGAUGCUUUUCAUAGAGAAAUUCCAGGAUCACAGGUCACCUUUGAUGUGGCUUGGUCUCCAGCAUGCAUAGACAAAAGAUGCUACAACUACAGUGGGAUUGCAGAUGCCUGUGAUUUCUUGUUUGUGAUGUCUUAUGAUGAGCAGAGUCAGAUCUGGACAGAAUGUAUUGCAAGAGCCAAUGCUCCCUACAAUCAGACCUUAGAUGGAUAUGAUGACUACAUUAGUAUGAGCAUUGAGCCUAAGAAGCUUGUGAUGGGUGUUCCCUGGUACGGCUAUGAUUAUAGAUGUCUGGAUUUGUCUAAGGAUCACGUCUGUUCCCUCCCAAAUGUUUCUUUCCGAGGGGCUCCAUGCAGUGAUGCUGCAGGGCGUCAGGUCCCCUAUGGAACAAUAAUGAAGCAGGUGAAUAGUUCUAUUUCUGGGAGCCUGUGGGAUGAGGAGCAGAAGGCUCCAUAUUAUGAAUAUAAGGACUCUCUUGGUCAUUUUCAUCAAGUAUGGUACGAUAAUCCACAGAGCAUUUCCCUGAAGGCAACGUAUGCAAAGAAACGUGGUUUAAGGGGUAUUGGCAUGUGGAAUGGAAAUUGUCUUGACUACUCCAGAAGUUCUGUAGCAGAGCAGCAGACUGAAGCAAUGUGGCGAGCCUUGAGACCAUAGCAACUAUACAGGAUAGUGAACCCUACCUACCUCUGGAUUUAGAAUGUAGAAAAUGAAUUGGUAGUUAUGGCUAAUAUUCUGUAUUAUGCCUUCUUGCAAGCAUGCACUGGUUACAAGCAAAACUUCAUCUUGUCAGUCUCUGCUUAAGGCAGUAUUUUUAUACCUUAGAAAGUAUUUAACAUUGCAUUAACACUGUUUUAACAGGUUCUGGUUAUUCGCAUUUUCAUAACUGGCAUCAGACCUUGAACUCGACACUCAUAAUAUAUAUGAACAACAUAUGUAUGUUGAAUCAUUUAAAAGAGAGCAUAUGAGAAUGAGGUGUUCUGCUCAACACAAAUGCUUUAUCAUAAUCAGUUACUGUUCUUUAUUCUGUAAACUUUAUAUCUAAAAAUAUACACUGACUAGUUGUGAAGGUUUUAAUUAUUUGUAGCAUUUAGCUUUGUUGCCAGUGAAACUGAAGAAUUCAGUAUUCUUUUUAUGUUUACAUAACAUUGUGAGGGUUUUUUUUUGUUUGUUUACAACUUCAAAAGCCAGAAAACCUCAGGCUUCAAAGAAAGCUUGCACCCAUUUUGCUCAAAGCUGCAUUCUAAAGUGUAUAUGAUAAGCACUUCUCAUGACCUGUCUAAACACAUUGAUUUCAUCAUUAACAUUUUUAAGUGUCUACAUUUUUGAACUAGAUGAUUGUAGUCCCCAUACUGCUGUAAUUUCUGAUGCUAGUGAAAAAAAUCUGUCUUUAGAUCAAUUUCAUGUAGAUCUUGCCGAGAGAAGAAUCCUGUAUCAGUAGAGAGAUGGAUUGGAUAAUCUAAUAGAUAAUUUUUCAUCUUGAAAUUCUGUGAUUCCUGACAACUAAGAGGAUAGAUUCCUUGAUCUAGAGUGGUGUUUUUCAAAUUUCUUUACACAAAACUCAGGCUGAAUAAAAGGACCCUAUGUUCAUUUCUAGUUGCUUAUAAAAUGUUAAAAUAUUCAGAAUGAGAAAAUCUCAGAUUCGUCAUAAUAUUUUCUGAUGAUAAUUCAUUGUGCCAGGGGAAUUUUGAAAGAAAUAUU